GUGAAAGUGCGCAAUCGAAAGCCCCACUAGAGACACAACGUGCGUCCGAACAACACGCCGACCGGUUGGACUACCAAGAUGCUGCAUUCCUCAAUUAUGUUAUUACUGCUGUGCGUCAGUAUCAGUACCUCGGCACCUGCGGACUCUCCCAUUCGAGUCGACUUGCCAGUAUUUGACCAGCCUCAGACAAACUUUGAUAUCCAACCGAACACGGUUAUAGAAGCAGAGAAUUACCCAGGUGGAGAACCUGACACAAAUUCCGGGAAUUUUAUUUCGAACAAAUUACAAUCUUCUACAAAGUUCAUCAGCAACAAAAUUGAGACUCAAGUAAAGGCUUUGAAUUUCGGAGGACCCUUUGCUUCUCGAACAUCCACACUCGAGAGCGCCGUGCCAGAAACGGAAGGUUUUGGAAGUAAAACUUUAUCAGUGAAAGAAAACAUACAAAACGUUGUGGCCGGAAUAUUUCAACCUAAGCCCAUAGUAGACACAAUCAGCGAAUCAGAAAAAUACGGCAACACUGGAGACAAAUUCUAUACCGCGGGCAAAGUCAUCGUAGGUGGUGCUGAAGGAGUGUCCAAUGUAGUCAACUCAGUUCUUGAGAUUCCAGGGACCUUCAUCAGAACAAUUACCAGAGCUGCCACCGAGAAACUAAACAACCUGGGUGGAAAGCUAAUUGGUUUAUAAUCUUAAGUUUAUUACAUUUCUACUGUUUGAGUAAGAGGUAAAAUGUGUACAUAAAUAGUGUUGUUUUGUAAAAUAUUAAGUAGUUCUAGGAGAAAAUUAUUUGAAUAAAUUUGAAUA